GGGAACAUGACGCGAAAGAGCGUAUCAGGUGAUGUACAAAAUGGCUUCUCUGUGUCAGAGGGAGCUGAGCGCAAUGGGUGACAGGAGCUUGUGAAGCGGCCGGCGUUGCGUUGCCAUGCAGAAGAUCAAGUCUCUGAUGACCCGACAGGGUCUGAAAAGUCCUCAGGAGAGUAUUCAUGAUCUGAGCCCCCUGGAGAACUUCAGAAUUCCAAGCAAGGAGGAACUUCGAGAGCUCCGGGAACAACCAACUGAUCCUCAAGCUCAGCAAGAAUUAAUUAACAGCAUUGAAGAAGUCUAUUUUUCCAGUGAUUCCCUUGACAUUGUUAAGUAUGAGUUGGAGAAGCUGCCUCCUGUUCUUAGUCUUCAAGAACUGGAAGAAUACAGAGACAAACUAAAGCAACAGCAAGCUGCUGUAUCUAAAAAAGUUGCAGACUUGAUACUUGAAAAACAACCUUCAUAUGUCAAGGAGCUUGAACGAGUUACAUCCUUACAGACUAGCCUCCAAUUAGCUGCUGUUAUUUGCACAAAUGGAAGACGACAUCUGACCACAGCAAAGGAGGGCUUUACUCAAGCCAGCUUGGGCCUUCUUGCCAAUCAACGAAAACGCCAGUUGCUGAUGGGGCUGCUAAAAUCUCUGAGAACAAUAAAAACCCUGCAACAAACUGAUGUCCGCUUAAGUGAAAUGUUGGAGGAGGAGGAUUACCCUGGGGCUAUCCAGCUCUGCCUGGAGUGCCAGAAAGCAGCUAGCACUUUCAAACACUACAGUUGCAUCAGUGAAUUGAAUUCAAAACUACAGGACACUUUGGAGCAAAUUGAGGAGCAGUUAGAUGUCGCGCUUUCCAAAAUCUGCAAGAACUUUGACAUCAGCCACUAUACCAAGGUGCAGCAGGCUUACAGACUACUUGGGAAAACGCAGACAGCCAUGGACCAACUGCACAUGCACUUUACUCAAGCCAUUCACAACACAGUAUUCCAAGUUGUUCUCGGUUACGUAGAGCUGUGUGCGGGAAACACAGACACCAAGUUUCAGAAGCUUCAGUACAAGGACCUGUGCAUGCACAUUACGUCAGACAGUUACAUUCCUUGCCUUGCUGACCUCUGCAAAGCCCUGUGGGAGGUCAUGCUCAGUUACUACCGAACCAUGGAGUGGCAUGAAAAAUACGAUCAUGGUGAACCUCCUUCGUCUUCUGAUGGAAGCAAUGUCAUGGGUGCUGAGGAGAGCAAUUUUGACCGCAGCUACGUGAAAAAGAAAUUGGAACAUGGACUUUCGCGAAUAUGGCAGGAUGUCCAGCUGAAAGUGAAGACCUAUUUGCUUGGCACAGACAUGUCUAACUUCAAAUAUGAUGACUUCAUCUUCGUCUUGGAUAUUGUCAGCAGGCUGAUGCAGGUUGGUGAAGAGUUUUGUGGCAGCAAGUCGGAGGUUUUGCAAGAAUCCAUUAGAAAACAAAGUGUGAAUUAUUUCAAGAACUAUCACAGAACCCGCCUUGAAGAACUGCGAAUGUUCUUGGAGAACGAGACGUGGGAGCUUUGUCCUGUGAAAUCAAGCUUCAGCAUAUUACAGCUUCAUGAAUUUAAGUUCAUGGCACAGUCCCGUUCCCCUUCUGUGUCGCCAAGCAAGCAGCCUGCUUCAGAAACAGAAAGAACCAUGACUCUGUUUGAGCAGUAUUGUAAUGGAGGGAAUCCCUUUGAAAUCCAAGCCAACAACAGAGAUGACGAGACUGAGGAUGUGCUGGCUUCCAAUGGGUAUGAAUCGGAUGAGCAGGAAAAGAGUGCCUAUCAAGAGUAUGACAGCGAUAGCGACGUUCCUGAAGAACUGAAGAGAGACUACGUUGAUGAACAGACUGGAGAUGCCCCAGUAAAAAGUAUUUCUCGAGAGACUUUGAGAAGCAGGAAACGAUCAGAUUAUUGCCUCAGUAAGGUGAACGCUCCCAUUUUGACCAACACUACACUGAAUGUAAUAAGACUUGUUGGCAAAUACAUGCAGAUGAUGAACAUCUUGAAGCCAAUUGCAUUUGAUGUGAUCCACUUCAUGUCCCAGCUUUUUGACUACUACAUGUAUGCAAUAUAUAUGUUUUUUGGCCGAAAUGACACGUUUGAAACGACAGGACUGGGACUCAGCAGCAGCCGGCUUCGAACCACACUCAACAGAAUACAGGAGAGCCUGAUUGAUCUGGAGGUCUCCUCUGAUGCCGCUGGAACGCUGACUGCUGUUGAAGAAAGAAAGGAAAAGGUUCCAACCCCACAUCUCAGCCACCUUGUCGUCUUGACAUCAGGCAACACUUUAUAUGGCUUGGCAGAGAGAGUGGUCGCCACAGAAUCCUUAGUAUUUUUAGCUGAGCAGUUUGAGUUCCUCCAGUCUCAUCUUGAUGCUGUAAUGCCUCCAGCCAAGAAACCUUUUCUUCAGCAGUUCUAUUCACAGACGGUUUCAACAGCCAGUGAACUCCGUAAGCCUAUAUACUGGAUUGUAGCUGCUAAAGCAAUUGAUUAUGAACAGAUGCUGCUGCUAAUGGCAAAUGUGAAAUGGGAUGUGAAAGAAAUCAUGUCACAACACAACAUUUAUGUAGAUUCUCUUUUAAAGGAAUUUGAACAGUUUAACAGGCAGCUGAAUGAGGUUUCUAAGAGAGUUCGUAUUCCAUUGCCAGUGUCAAAUAUUCUUUGGGAGCAUUGUAUACGACUCGCUAAUAGAACUAUUGUAGAAGGUUACGCAAAUGUCAAAAAGUGUAGCAACGAGGGGCGUGCCUUGAUGCAAUUGGACUUUCAGCAAUUUUUAAUGAAGCUGGAGAAACUCACGGAUAUUAGACCUAUUCCGGAUAAGGAAUUUGUUGAAACCUACAUCAAGGCUUAUUAUUUGACUGAAAAUGACAUGGAACGUUGGAUCAAGGAGCACAGGGAGUAUUCUGCCAAGCAGUUGACUAACCUGGUGAAUGUUUGUCUGGGGACCCACAUCAACAAAAAAGCACGACAAAAACUGUUAGCAGCUAUCGACGACAUUGAUAGGCCUAAAAGAUAAUAGGAGAGAGCUUGCAGGGCUUUUUUUUGACCAAUGAAGAGAAUGAGGGUAUCUCUAACGGACUACUGAUGGAGUUUGGUUAAAUGGGAGAAAUAUGUGCCGUAUUCCUAUUGGCUUUGAAGACACUUCAAAUCAGUGCGGUGGGCUUUUCAAAUGCAAUUUUUAUACUGUCUUUUCUGUUUCUUCUGUUGUCAGGAAGGCACUAUUGUACCAUUUUGGCUGUAUAUUUUCCUUAAUUGUGUACUAUAUGGCUAAUCAAAAUUAGAAGGAAACAAACUGAGAUAUUAAUAUAUUUAGUUGGUGGUUUUUUUUUGUCUAUUUGUAAAAGGGCUGCUAAUGCAAUAGUUCACCCUUCUGUGCUCAGAAGGCGGUUAUGAAUCCAUAUAAAGAGAACUUUGUUCAGAGUCUUCAGAUUAUGAAUUGUGCAUGUCCUUUAAGAGUGUGCAUCAGCAAAAUAUUACUGUAAUGUUUAAGCUCAUUGCCUUUUUAUUUCCUUGCAAAUGUAAGCUCAUUUCAGAAUGAAAUCUGUCUUGUCAAAGGAAUUGACCACAAAUUAUGGGAAAGUAAUAAAUAUUGUACACUAAUGCAUGGGCUUGUGGAAUCUCUCUUUAGUAGCUUACUUUUUUCCACCCUUCUUCAUGGAUGAUCUCAAGGGGGAGGUUUAUUUGCAACAUUUAAAAUCACAUAAACAGCAUUUAAACAACAAUACUUGGAACAGUACAGAAUCAAUCCAUUGUCCCCAUACCACUGCACAGAUCCGUGUUCCCAGAUUAUUCAAAUGCCUAGAAGAAAAGGAAGGUGAUAAUGCCAGCUGGAUCCCAAGGGGUUGGCAUUCCACCAUCAAGACGCCAUUGCUGACACUCCAGGGUGUGUCAAACCCCAGGAUCCCACUCAGUAAUAGAAUUUCAAGAAGGGUAUUCCAAGCAUUACUUUAGAUGCUCUCCAGGAAACUCUACUGCUUAGGGGAUAAAUCCCUUCAGCAGCAUAUAUAAAAUCUGAGACUCAAUAUAUUUAAAAAAAUAUCCAAUGGCCACAUGAAGAGUUCAUACAGGAAGUGAAGUUGAGCUUUGGUGAAUCCAUGACAUUUAUCUGGAAUUCAAGGAAGAAAGUGACUAGUGAGGAAUAGACCUCACUUUCUCUUGGCAAAAUUGCCCUCACAAAGCAGAUUCUUUUUCUCAGCUCCAGCACAAUGCAUUUCAUGCAGAGCGAACAACUGAGCCAAAGAAAGGAAACAAAAUAAUGAUUGGAUCUGUGAAAAAUAAAGUUUGCCUUGAAUUCGGACCUCUGGAUAUUAAUGUUGCCAUUAGAGAUGGACAUCUGUCUGUGCUUUUAUGUACCUUGAGGGCUGCUGCUCACAUUGAGCGACGCUUGAAAUAAUUCACUUUCUUGGGUCAUUGCAUACUGCAAUUGUAUUCCUGUUCAUAUCAAGAAGGCAGCACUUUUUCUUACAGCAGUGCUUGUUUCAAUAUAAUAUGGUGCCUGUUAUCAAUUUCUAUAAAGGAGAAAGCAUUUAUUAAACUGCUGUGGGCCAGUGAAUUGUAACAACGCCGCCGCCCCCCGCCCGCAAUGUGCAUUAAUAUUUCUCUUCAUGCAAGUAAUAAUGCUGUUCUUCAUAGCUAGGGGGACUCUCUAGGGACACAGCU